AUGGGCGAUUUUACGAAGCUACCGCAUAAAGUGCAGCAGUUCGUUGCCGAAAAAGCGGCUUUGAUGCGACCAUCCAGUAUUUAUAUAUGUGACGGUGGCCCUGCAGAAGGUGAAGAACUUAUCAGUGAUAUGAUUGAGCGCGGUAUGUUGACUCCGUUAGAAAAGAUGACUAACUGGGAUGUGGCUAGGGUGGAAAGCAAAACUUGGAUGUCGACACCGGAUAAGUACGAUACGGUGACGCAUACGCCAGAAGGGAUCACGCCGAUCAUGGGCAACUGGAUGAGUCCAGAGAAGCUCGGCCAGGAGCUUGAUGACCGUUUUCCUGGCUGCAUGGCAGGCCGAACAAUGUACGUCAUUGCAUUCAGCAUGGGACCGAUUGGCAGUAAGUUGUCAAAGAUCGGUAUUGAACUGACGGACAGCAUUUACGUUGUGCUCUGCAUGCGUUUGAUGACUCGUGUGUCGCCAAAAAUUUUUGAAGUACUGGGCGAGAACGACUUCGUGCGUUGCAUCCACUCUCUUGGUGUUCCACGGCCAGUGAAGAGGAAAAUCGUCAACCAGUGGAUCUGCAAUCCAGAAAAGACCAUCAUUGCGCAUCGUCCGACCCAGCGAGAGAUCUGGUCUUUUGGUUCUGGAUACGGUGGCAACAGCUUGUUGGGCAAAAAAUGCUUUGCUCUGCGAAUCGCUUCGAACAUCGCCAGAGAUGAGGGCUGGAUGGCUGAACACAUGUUGAUCACCAGUUUCACGAAUCCUCAGGGAAAAGAGCGGUUUAUCGCCGCCGCUUUUCCGUCCGCAUGCGGCAAGACCAACAUGGCGAUGCUAAACCCUGCUCUAAAAGAAUGGAAAGUGCAGUGCAUAGGGGAUGACAUCGCUUGGAUGCGUUUCCGCGAAGAUGGACAGCUGGUUGGUAUUAAUCCGGAAGCUGGCUUCUUCGGUGUUGCGCCAGGAACAUCGCACAAGACGAACCCUACGGCCAUGGAUACGUGCAUGAAGAAUUCCAUUUUCACGAACGUAGCAACGACAGCUGAUGGUGGUAUAUUUUGGGAGGGUCUAGAAGACGAGUUGCCCGAUAAGAAUGUGCAAAUGAGAAACUGGCUGAACGAACCGUGGAAAAUCGGAAUGCCAGGAAAGGCGGCGCAUCCGAAUUCUCGCUUUACAACUCCGGCUAAUCAGUGUCCGAUCAUGCAUCCGAAAUGGGAAGACACUGCUGGAGUGCCGAUCGACGCGAUAAUUUUCGGUGGUCGCCGUCCGGAAGGUGUACCGUUGGUGUUCGAAACAUUCAACUGGAUACACGGAAUUUUCACUGGUGCUUGCCUGAAAUCCGAAGCAACCGCUGCUGCUGAGCAUGCUGCUGGAAAAGUAAUCAUGCACGAUCCAAUGGCCAUGCGCCCAUUCAUGGGCUAUAAUUUUGGCCGAUACAUGCAGCACUGGAUAAAUCUUGGAAAACCGCCGCACAAGGUGCCAAAAAUAUUCCAUGUCAAUUGGUUCCGAGUUAACAAACAAGGAAAAUACCUGUGGCCCGGGUACGGCGAUAAUAUUCGAGUUGUUGAUUGGAUUCUGCGUCGUUUGGAUAACGAAGAUGUGGCAGUGGAAUCCCCGAUUGGCUUAUUGCCAAAGAAAGGCAGUAUAAACUUGGAAGGUUUGAAUUCGGUGGACUGGGAUGAAUUGUUCUCAGUGCCGAAAUCAUAUUGGGAGGAAGAUGCUAAAGAAGUUAGAAAGUUUUUCGACGAACAAAUCGGCUCGGACUGUCCCGCUGAAAUUCGUGCUGAACUGGAUGCGCAGGAACAGCGUAUCAAAGCAAUGCAUUAA